AUGUUCAAUGCGCAUCCAGAGUAUCACCCUUCUUUACUUUGGAGUCAGGAUGAAGGAAGAAUUUUCAUCAAUGUGAAGUUAACCGAAGUUGAAGACCCACGGAUGCAAAUCGGUAAUGCCUCAGUUCACUUUCAUGCUACUGGAAUUGGUGCGAAUGGACUUCAGGAGUACGUUUUCUCUCUGGAUCUCUUCAAACAAAUUGAUGAUGAGAACUCUGAUUUCACAGUGACAGACACAGGUGUGAAUAUAGUACUGGUGAAGCGGGAAGAGGGUGUUUGGCCUCGACUUAUACAAUCUGCUAACCAGCGUCCGCCUUGGUUGCGAACCGACUUUGAUCGACUCUCUUCGGCUGUUGUGAAGGCCAUGCUCAUCGCAAGUGGCGAGGCCGAUGAAAGUGACAGCAGCGAGGAGGAUUCACAGAUUCGGACCAAUGUUAACUUCAUUCGACCCUCGGCUGAAGAGAUCCGGAAGCGAAAUAUGGAGCGCGCGGAACAAAUAGCAAGGGAGCAAUAUGAUGCACUUUUCAACUAUAUGAAGAACCCUGGGCAGGGUUCAUUUACAUUUUCGGUGCUAUUGUUCGGGGCUGGUGGACAGAAGGCGAUGGCAAGUCCCCUUUUUAACAGAUUCGAGUGGAUGCGGUACUUCAAUAAGUUCAGUAACGAUUUAUGUUUUCGUUCCAUUUUAAAUGCUUUUGCAGCUAUAAAAAAGCGCGUCUUCGAUAUGGUCGCGGACCGUUUAAUCGUACUGCAACUAGCUUCACUCUUGGAGGUUGCUCACGUUCUUCUAGGAUGGGUCAAGGGUGGCAUACUUUCCACUAUUAUGCAGAUUUUUGGCCGCAACCUGGUGUUCUUUGCAAUACUUCUGCCGCACAAGGAACUACAAGAGGACACUGCUGUAUUCAAUCUUUUCUUGGCCUGGAGUACCAUCGAGCUUGUCAGGUAUCCUUACUACGCUCUUCGAUUAUUUGACGAGGAGAUUGGUUUACUCACUUACUUGAGAUACACCCUUUGGAUUCCACUCUAUCCCAUUGGUUUCAUGAGUGAAGGCAAACUUAUCAUCUUAGCAAUGCCGCUUCUGGAGGAGUCUCGGCGCUUCUGCAUUGAAUUGCCCAACCACGCCAACAUAUCCUUUGACUUUUCCACAUUCCUGCACAUUUACGUUCUCCUGAUGCUACCUGGUAGGUUCUGCACUUUAUGA